AUGGAUCCUUGCACGCAUGGGGAUCAUAGCGCGAUCACCAGUGGCACAAAUUCGAAUCAAAAGUUUGCUCAAACGAAAAACGAACACACCACCAGUGUAGACAACGAGGCCCCAUGGGGACCGCACUUGAGAUCAGCAUCGUUGGUGCGCGGCCUGCGAUCUCGACACAUCCAGAUGAGCAGUAUAUGUGGAAUGAUUGGAACUGGUCUUUUCCUUGCCAGCGGAUCGGCUUUGGCUGAUGCGGGACCUCUGGGGGCUUUGGAAAGCUACUCCGUAAUGGGCCUCGUUACAGCAGCUAUUGCGUACACAUCCGGGGAGAUGUCAGCAUUCAUGCCGGUAUCAGGGGGCUUUGUUCAUCAUGUUACCACUUUCGUCGAAAAGGAUUUAGGUGCCGCUGUGGGGUGGAACUUCUGGUAUUCUAUCGGCAUCACUCAGGCAGUUGAAUUGGUGGGAGCCUCGUCGUUAGUGAGUUUUUGGGCGCCAAAUAUCAACCCAGCUGCAUGGAUUGGCAUCUUUUGGGUCGCAACUUUAUGUGCUAACAUGGGGCCGGUGAGGUAUUACGGAGAAGUUGAAUUUUCAUUUGCACUCAUAAAGAUUGCCCUAAUUUUGGGGUUACUCCUCAUGGGUAUUCUCAUUGACACUGGGGCCGUAGGUGAUCACGGUGCGAUAGGUUUCCGAUAUUGGCAUCGACCAGGCGCAUUCCAACAAUUGCCAUAUGUAUCUAAUGGCAUUCCAUCACAUAUUCCUGGAGCAUUUGGCCGUUUCCUCGCAUUUUGGAGCACUCUCACCAAUGCAGCCUUCGCAUACGGGAACGUUCAGGUUGUUGGGAUCUCAGGAGCGGAAACUGUUAAUCCUCGUCGCGCAAUCCCAAAAGCGGUCUCGCGCACAUUUAUUCGCGUUGUUUUCUUUUAUGUUGCAGCCAUUUUCAUCCUGGGCCUCAUUGUAAGUUCUGAUGACCCAGCUUUAUCUGCGGGUGGGGGAACUGCCGCCCGUUCGCCAUUUGUGAUUGCGAUCAAGAGAGCAGGGAUCCAAGCGCUCCCAGGAAUAGUUAAUGCUGUUGUAAUGACUUCUGCGUUAAGCUCAGGUAUUUCUUGCGUUUUUCUGUCAUCCCGGACACUUGUCGGCCUUGCAAACGAUGGACACGCGCCCCGCUUUUUCUUGAUAACUAAUUCAUUCGGGACACCAUGGAUUGCUGUCCUGUUUACAUGGUCUCUUGGCGGGUUCGCUUUUUUGAGCGCCCAGUACACUGCUCUGAAGGUGCUGAUCUGGCUUGUUAAUCUCGCUGCUGUUGCAGGUCUUGUGUGCUGGGUGAUAUUGUGUUUGGCCUACAUUCGAAUGUACGCUGGAAUUAAGGCUCAGGGAUACUCGCGCAGCAAACUUCCGUACAAAUCAUGGCCACAGCCUUUCUUGGCCUGGUUUGGACUCGUCUCAUGCACAGUUAUAGUCUUCUUCAGCGGCUUUCAAGUGUUUUUGAAGGGGAAUUUCACUGCUUCCGGCUUUCUCUCCAACUAUAUCAAUGUGUUCGUAUUUACUGGCUUAUACCUUCUCAUCAAGCUGUAUACCCGAUCAUGGCAAAUAUUCAUACCUGCGGACAAGAUUGAUCUUAGCGAGUUCCAUCUUCUAGAGGUUGAACGAGCCGAGGCCGCGGUACGCCAUGAUGACAUCAUGAGAGGUGACCAGAAACCGGAGCCGGAGGGAAAAGCUGACAGACCCACACCAGACAAUCCUCGCAACCAUCUGCGCAUCCUAGAGUGGUUAAGUGGGCUUGGAAGGCUGGUAUGA